AUGAUCUCUCAUAUUAAUAGUGAAGAUAAAUUUGAAACGGUGCUUAAAUCACGAUACUGUGGCAAGAGCCCGUUGAUGAAUAUAUUGAGCGAGAGAAAUAAGGUACUGAUAUGGAGACAAAUGUGGAUUUGGCUUGCAGAAGCGGAGAUGCAACUUGGUCUAAAACAAGUUACUGAAGAGGCGAUUGAAGAAAUGAAGAAAUCGAAGGAAGUGAUUGAUUGGGAUACAAUACGACGAGAAGAGAAACGAAUCAAGCACGAUGUCAUGGCUCAUACUUAUGCAUUUGGGAAGAUGUGCCCAAAGGCAAAAGGAAUAAUACAUUUGGGUGCAACUUCAUGUUUUGUCCAAGAUAAUGCCGACUUAAUUGUUCAACGCCAAGCUACUGAUUAUAUAAUGAAGAAACUUGCGGUGUGUCUCAGCCGAUUGGAUGAUUUCGCCGAGAGGACGAAAGAUAUCGUUACCGUUGGACGGACUCAUUAUCAAGCAGCAUCACUGGUAACUGUUGGUAAACGCACUGCGAUGUGGGCCCAGGAAUUAUUAAUGGUUUUUACAAAGCUGGAAUAUUUCCGAGAAAAUAUGCGUUUUCGAGGAGUAAAAGGUGCAACGGGCACGCAAGAUUCAUUCAUGGCAUUGUUUCAUAAUGAUGAAGCGAAGGUGGAUAAACUCGAUGAAUUAAUAAUGAAAAGUGCUGGUUUUGCAUCUCGUUUCUAUAUCAGUGGGCAGACAUAUUCUCGACAGCAGGACUGUGAUCUUGUCAAUAUUUUUGCGCUUUUGGGAGCUGCAACGAAGAAAAUUUGCACCGAUAUACGAAUUUUGCAGGCUUUUGGUGAAAUAUUUGAGCCGUUUGAAACUGAGCAAAUCGGCAGUUCAGCAAUGCCUUAUAAACGUAAUCCAAUCAAAAGUGAACGUGUCAGUAGUUUAGCGCGAAAGCUAAUGAGUGCACCUCAGGACGCGUUGAAUACACUUGGCGAUCAAAGUCUUGAAAGAACCCUUGAUGAUUCCGCUAUCAGACGUAUAUUGAUUCCUGAUAUGUUUCUGCUCGCUGAUGCAAUUCUCACUAUAUUUCAGCACAUUGUUGAGGGAUUGACAGUGGAUAAAGAAAGAAUUGAAUAUAAUGUUCAUGCGGAUUUGCCAUUUUUGGCAUUGGAAAAAGCGAUGAUGUUGCUGACAGAAGAAGGUAGUGAUCGACAAGAAGCGCAUGAAAAGAUUCGCGAAAUAACACUGGCUGCAAGAGAAGCGCAGAAGCGGGAAAGGGUUGAUUUGGAGAGUAUUUUGGCUGAUGUCUUUUUUGAUAAGGUUCGUGGACGAAUACUCGAUCUGGCAAAAUCACCGCUAUGCUUCACAGGCCGCUCAUCUUCUCAAACCACGAAUUUCUUAAACGAAGAAUUGCGUCCAGCUAUAGCAAAAUAUUUGGACUACGAUAUGAAAGCAAAAGUGCAGUUGGACGUCUGA